AAGCCCCUAACAAGGUGUGGAUGCGGGUGCAGAUAGUUAUCUUGCGCUUUCUCAUGCGUAUAGGCAUGCUACUCCAUGGCUAUCCUCCCCCGAUACCACCAAGCCCGUCGUUCGUUCGAGCUCUGCCGCGCCUGGGAGAAUCCGACUCGCAGCGGGUGAAGCUGUACUUCUACACACCCAAGAAGUACGCUGAGCAGAAACGGGCGGGACACCGGUAUCCCGUCGUGGUCAACUUCCACGGCGGAGGCUUCUGCAUAGGCAAGGCCACGGACGAUGCCCGUUGGGCUCGCGCGGUGGUCGAGUGCGCAGAGAUGGUCGUCGUGAGCGUUGGCUAUCGUCUGGCCCCAGAAGCUCCUUUUCCAGCUGCGGUCGACGACGGCGUUCGAGCACUGCAGUAUCUCGAAGACAGAGCAGAAGAGCUGGCCCUCGAUGUGUCGCGGGUCAGCCUGUCUGGUUUCUCGUCUGGUGGGAAUCUGGCCUUCACCGUCCCGUUGCGCCGCCAUCUGCUCCAGCAGGACUCAUCGCGAGCGUCUCCUGCGCCGUCAGCCCUUCUCACUCCCUACGAGAUGGCCGGAGACGGAAGCUCGAUAAACCUGCAUCUGUCUACCUUUGCGCAGCAUUCUCAGGGCAGCAGCAGCUUCAGGCCAUCCGCUUCACGAUCUCAAUCAGCUCAGCAUCUCCUUCGACAAACAACCACCACCACCACCACCACCACCACCACUACUGUGGCAAACGACAGCGAUAUCGACAGCAAUGAACGGCCACAGCCCUCUGCUUCGUCUCUAAGGAUAAUAUCUAUCGUGUCCUGGUACCCCAUAGUCGACUACGUCCUCCCUCGUCACAUCCGCCGUGACCGGAGUGUCUUCCCUUCCAAAACACUUCCCAAAUUCAUGACCACGCUAUUUGACCACAGCUACAUGCCCCAUGAAGCUAACCGGCAUCUACCGUACGCCUCACCUCUGCUGGCACCCCCUUCGCUACUGGCCGAUGCUUUACCCAAGGAUAUCUUCCUCUACGUCUGCGAGUGGGAUAUGCUGCUGCAUGAAGGACACGAGUUUGUAGAUAAGCUCAAGGGCUGCGGAGGAGGCAAGGUUGUCCGUUCGAUGAUGAUAGAAUCGCAGAAGCAUGCGUGGGAUAAAUCCGUCAAUCCCCUUCGAGAUCAAGAAAGUAUAGACGUGUUUUACAGGACGGCAGCGCAGCAGUUACGGAUUGUUAAUGCGCGAGUAUAG